CGGGCGGCGGGCCGGCGGGCGGAGCGGGCCGGGGCUUGAGAAGUUUGCGCGGCGGCUCGUGAGCGCCGGGUGCGGGCCCCGCCGGCCGUGCGCGCCCGUUGCCAUGGCUUUCCGCCGGAGGACGAAAAGUUACCCGCUCUUCAGCCAGGAGUUCGUCAUCCACAACCAUGCGGACAUCGGCUUCUGCCUGGUGCUCUGCGUCCUCAUCGGGCUCAUGUUCGAGGUCACCGCCAAGACUGCCUUCCUAUUUAUUUUACCUCAGUAUAAUGUUAGCGUGCCUACAGCAGAUGGCGAGACGGUGCACUACCACUACGGGCCCAAGGACCUGGUCACCAUCUUGUUCUACAUCUUCAUCACCAUCAUCUUGCACGCUGUGGUGCAGGAGUACAUUUUAGACAAAAUCAGCAAACGGCUUCAUCUCUCCAAGGUCAAGCACAGCAAGUUCAACGAAUCUGGACAGCUGGUCGUCUUUCAUCUCAGCUCGGUGAUCUGGUGCUUCUACGUGGUGGUGACGGAAGGAUAUUUAACAAACCCAAGGAGCCUCUGGGAAGACUAUCCACAUGUGUACCUCCCCUUCCAGGUGAAGUUCUUCUACCUGUGUCAGCUGGCCUACUGGCUGCACGCCCUUCCCGAGCUCUACUUCCAGAAGGUACGGAAGGAGGAGGUCCCCCGGCAGCUCCAGUACAUCUGCCUGUACCUGGUCCACAUAGUGGGCGCGUACCUCUUAAACCUGAGCCGCCUGGGCCUGGUCCUGCUCCUGCUGCAGUACUUGACCGAGUUCCUCUUCCACACGGCCCGGCUCUGCUACUUCGCAGAUGAGAACAAUGAGAAGCUGUUUAACGCCUGGGCUGCUGUGUUUGGAGUCACCCGCCUCUUCAUUCUCACCCUCGCUGUGCUGGCCAUUGGCUUUGGCCUCGCUCGUGUGGAAAACCAGGCCUUUGACCCCGAGAAAGGCAACUUCAACACCUUACUUUGCAGGCUGUGCGUGCUGCUGCUGGUGUGCGCCGCCCAGGCCUGGCUCAUGUGGCGCUUCAUCCACUCCCAGCUGCGGCACUGGCGCGAGUACUGGAGUGAGCGGAGCGCCAAGCGCAGGGUGCCCGCCGCCCCCAGGCUGGCAGCCAGGCUCAUCAAGAGGGAGUCCGGUUACCACGAAAACGGAGUGGUGAAAGCAGAGAACGGAACCUCCACACGGACUAAGAAACUCAAGUCUCCUUAAGGCCAAAGUGCUGAGAACAGGAAUCCUCUCGUGGGGGCCCGGCAGGGAGGCCCCCCUUCCUGCUCCAGAUGCUCCGUCUCAAACAGCAGAAACCUGUCUUCCCACGGGGCCUUUUCCUCUUUCUCACAUCUUGGCUUUCUCUUCUUCUUCCUCCGUGAACCAUUCUCAAUAAAACCAAAAAUCUUCCUCAUUCCCUCCCUCAAGCCACCUCAUGUCCUCACCUCUGUCCUGUGUUGGGUUUUCUAGAAGCCCAGGCUCUCAUGGUUACCUUUCUGCUGGCCUCUUUCUCUUCCUUCACGGCUGUUUCUUUCUCUUUUUACUUGUGAAUUUACCCUAUUGUGCAAUUUUUCUGAGUCUGAUUUUUACGCGAGGAGGCUAAGCCUGCAGUGCUGGCGACUGACACCCAGCCCCUGGGACCUGAGUCGGAAGCCUCGUGCCAGGCAGCCUCCAUCGGGGCCGGCGGCAGCCCCUUGCUGAUCUCUGUGCGGAGGGGCAGCAGGAGGAGAGACUGCCCCACCCGGAUCAUCGUCUCCUAGGUGCUGAUGAACUGACGAGAUGUAUGAUUCCAGUUCUGCACACACCAUCUAGGGGCCCCGCGGGCCACUGCUAGUUGUCAGCGCCAAGGCAUUUGGCUUUGGGACACGAUGACUCGGUCCAGAAGGAUAGUGUUGACUGCAUCGGGUCCCGUGACUCAGGAGAGCUCACCAGCAGCCGGUCCUGGAUUGGAAACCAGCUGCUCUCUCGCUGUCAGGGACCUGCUGAAGGAGGACGUCCCACUCUGCAACAAGAGCAGAAGCGACCGGGGCAGCGGCAGGCUCUUCCGGAAAGGUAACACGGCAGGGAGGAUGGCGGCGUUGACCCAGGCCUUUCUUUGGCAGGUCCAGCUGCAUUGUUCUUCCUACCGUUCACCAGCAUCCAAAACCAAACCAGACAGCAGUUCGCGGGCCAGCCCAGCUGGGGCCACGCUGGGUGCCAGCCUUGCACCUGACUUCAUCUCUCUCGCUGCAGGAGCACAGAGCCCCUGGUGCCCCAGGGAGGGUCACCUGUGCCCCUCACCCUCUGGCCUCACUUGUUGAGUGUCCUUUGGAAUUGCCGUUGUCAUCUGCUGCUGUUUGCUGAGCACACCCACUGCAUUUUAGACGGUUUGAAACCUGGCCAACUCAGAAUCGCUGUGCUGCUUAGAUGGGCAGACACAGCCUUGCUGUUGUGCAUCUUUUGGGCCCCACUCCCACACGUGUUCUCCCCCUCCCCCCAACGACCAGGCCUCCUGGUGCCUUGUGGGGACUCCAGCAGAGAGCUAGGCUCUCAGUAAGGAGGCCUGAACGCUGUACGGAACUGGUGGGCAGUGGUUCUGGUGGGCACAGGAAUGUUGGUGUCAUUUGAUGUGCUGGUCCUCUUUCUAACAUCACAGUAGAAACCAAACCUUGGAUUUUUACCCAGAAGAGGGGAAAUGGGUCUUUUCAUCAAGGCAGCUCCCUUCUCCACGUCGCUUGCUUCAGAGAGAAGUUUUAAUCUACCAGUGACUGACUGGGGAUUUGCUUCCUGACACCCUGGUAGACCCUCAUCUCUCUGUUCAGGAUAAGGCUGUGGGGAUGGGAAGAAAUACUCUUCUUCUGAUUGCCCUUAGGAGAGGGGCAGUGCUUUUGAAAAUGGGAAUUCCUCCCAUCUUUCCUCCUCCUUCCCUGACACUUAUCUGGCCUGCAAAGCAGAAUGUUGGUGAAAGGGCGGCUUGUACCAACCCCGCAGGCCCAGCCUGGAACCUCUCAGCCAUUCAGUCAAACGGUCCCCCCUCCCGCCUCAAGGCUGUGGCUGAGCCCAUGCUCCUGCCUUGCCUGAGGAUGCUGUGCAGCCCAUGUCAGCCUACAGCCUCCUAAGCCUGCCCAGCAGCCUCACGCCUGGCCCAGUCCUCUCCAGGCUGUGGCCUUGGCAGUGCUCCUGCUCCAUGCAGGAGGCCGCCUCCCGCCGGGCAGCCCUGCUCUGUCAUGCCUCCAGUGCACGCCUGGCCUUCUUGCCAUGGGCUGGGGAGGUGGGGAGCUGCAGCUGAGGUCCUGCCAUCCAGCAGCAUCCCUCUCAUGUACAGAGGUGAUCGCUUCCAGAGCACACGUGCUUGGCGUGCCCUCGGUCUCCUGUAAGCUGGCCCCAGGGUUACUGUGUGCCUCGCAGUGGGACCGCUAGUCCAGGGCCCGGCCGACACCUACUGCGUCCUAAAGGAUGGGGUUGAUUCCCUGAUAAGAGGUGGGGAAAUCCUUCCUGCUGUGUGAACCCCCUGAGACCGGCUGCCUUCAGAAACGGUUUGAGGGGAGGGUGAGAGGAUAACUGUAGGUGCUCUGUCCCCCUGGGUGUGCUUCAGAGCAGAGCCAGCCUUUGGCAGCUUGGCUGGAAGCAUGUCAUCAGGGGCCGAAAGAACUCAACUCCACUUCGUGCUGAGAGCUGGUCGGGCUGGCUUGUCCUGAUUUGGCCCGUCUGGCUGUUUUCUUCGGUCUUAAACACUCUCUGCGGAGGCUUGGCCAGACGCCCCCACGUGUGAGAGGCCACUCCGCGCCAUCCGCCAGGAGGAGACAGAUGCUAAUCUACCUCAGCAGCCACCGCCCUCCCAGCAUCGCUGGCGGGCACGCACGUGGGGGUGCCGGGUGGCGUGGGAGAGGAGGCCAUGGGGUGGAUGGGCCGCCCCGCCCGCCAGGGCCCCUCCUUGGAGGCUCCGUGAUGGGAACUUAUUUUUACCCUCGAGGCUCCGAUAGCCGCAUUAUUAAUAAGUUACAGGUGGCCAGGUUCUGGGGGACUGGGGAGCAGGCCUAGUCAGCUCUAAGCCCGCGUGCGUUCCCACCAGACGUGCAUCAUUGCCGAGGACGUUGUCCAUUUCUGUCCCAAGGCGGAGCUACCAGCAUUGCAGAAACCAGUCAGACCCCUGUGCGUUGGCCGCCUCUGCAGAUGCUCCUUUUGACUGGAAACCCCUGGAGCUGGGCUGGGCGUUCCAGGACGGGUGCCGCUGGGUUUGCUUGGGGGACCUUCUUUCUUGGUACCUUUGACUUUUUAGUAGGGGCCGAGAGGGCGCCCCCUCCUGAUUCCACAACAGAAAAUCCUAUUCCCUGGGUGCCUUUAUAAAAUUCAAGGUGGCUUGAUCGCCCACCACCACGUUGGGUUUCCUUCCUGGGCUUCAGCCUCCCCGUAGGUUUGUCGUAGGCCUGGGGCCGAGAAGGCUGGAAGGUCUGGACCUGACUCACUUCCCUGCUGGGGCCUCAGUGUCCCAGGGAACAGACCCCCCCUUCCUGAUGGUCAGGGCCUCUGUCUCCAGUGGAGAGUGGGCCACAGGCUUGUGAGUCAGGACCGCUGAGUGGUCUUUCUUCCCCUCCCUGCUGCCAUCCUAGCGCACAGCCCUGCUCCUCAGGAGGGACUGGGCACAACUGGAGAAUUGGGUCAUUGACGGAUCGCUUGGAACCUAGCUCGCGUCCCUCCCUGGCCAUGGCUGGCCCAGUGAUAAGCCUUCACCAGCUUCUCACUCUAUCCUGGUUCUUGCGUGAACAGUAACUCCUCCUCUCAAAAGACUGAAAAAGACCUCUGGUCACCCAGCCGCCUUCCCUCCACCAGCUCACUCUUUAUGGAGGUCCGAAAAGCACAGGGACUCCAGCUCUGUGCGGCCUCUUUUUGCCCUAAGCUGAUCCUGUAUCUUUUUGUGUCAUAAGUGCCUUGCCGUGGUCUCCUGGCCUCCAACUGCACUGUGUGGCUGGCCCCAGGCCCCGGUACAGUUACAUGUUAAAGGGACGUGGGUUGUGACAGUUUUGCCUCAUUCAUCUUAGAAACACCCCCCCACCCCCAUUGUCAUGAUUUGGUGGUUUCUGGUUUCUCCUAGCGUCCGAGCGGCUCUGAGGGCCCCUUCGCAGGCACCUGCCUAUCAGGGAAGCUCAGGGCUCCCUAAGCACCAGGCCCCCCAUGCCUCUGGCCCACAUGGUGAGCUACUCAUCCCAGCUCCUCCCACAUGUAAAAGAAAAGGUACCCUUGCUAUAGCCUCUUCUGAUCUAUUCUUCCCAUUCAACCCUAGGUUGAUGCGAUAAGGUGUUUACUCUUACUUCCCGGUCACAAGUGUUACAGAUGCCCGUCUGACGUGGGUCCGGUUGGGCUGUUGCGGAUUCCCCCCCCCUGCCCCCCCGGCCCCGUGCAGCGUCACCUUGUUGAGCAGCAGCUCCCCCUCGCCCGCCCCUUGCCCGCCUCGUCCUCGCUCUUCCGGGUUGUGCAAUAACUCUCCCAGCCAGUGGUCUCUCCCACUGGCCGUCUGUCCCUUCUUGUGCCCGGCCACUGGGGCGGGACGGGACCCACGGAGGGUGGUCAUCACCCCACAGAAGAAACGGUAGCCAUGCUCCCUCUGUCGCUGUCAUUCAUUGUGGCCCUGGUGGCACUCUAGUGGAACACAGUAGCAUCCCCUUAGAAAUCCAAGUAUUUUUAAAACUGUUGGAAAAAGGAAAAAAACCAUCCUCAUGGUGGGGCAUUAAUAAGUCAGCGUCUGGGACUAAGAUCUGUGUGACGCCUGAGGCAUCACCAUUGCUUCCCUGGAAGCGCUGUAGAGUUUCUCGUUCGUGUGGAGAGGAAGGAGGUUUUCCUGGGAAUCGGCCAUGCGUGGACAGCCCUGGGCACCUGAUGGGAUCUGACUGCUUGUAAGUACCACCAUUUCCCUGGGUACAGACUCAAGUGUUUGUGAUGAGACUAUAGACCUCAUUUUUUCAGUUCCUCUUGCUUACUAAACAUCUGAAGGAUGAGCUGAGGCUGCUGGUGUCCUGAGCAACUCAUAAUGCAAAUGUGGACAAAGUGUCUUUUUGUUUUUCUACUUUAGCCUGUUCAUGUUACGGACCAAAUUUCAACAAGGAACUCAAGGAAAAUUUGUACCUGCCGUAUUUAUGCUCUCAUGUAAAAGGGUUUUUUUUGGGGGGGGGGGGGGGGGGGGCUCUUUUUACUUUCAGUGAACUUUUUUCCAAAUUCUUUUCCCACUGUUUCUGUCCGGUUUUAAAACAAAUUACAGUUUUGUAUGGAUUUUUUAAAAUGUAAUUUUGAAACAAAUGAUCAACAAAUAUUUUUGAAAUAACUGAAUAAAAGGCAUAGAAUUAUUAGUCUAA